UCGGUUUUGGAAAGAGAGAGAGGGUGGCGAGGCUCUGCUAUUAAAAUCUGAACCUGCAGAUUCCGCGCUGUGUCUUCCAUUUCAUGAGCUAAAUUUGGCCCUAACUCAUAAUAACGCUUUUCUAAAUCUGGUUGUAUCUCCUCCAAUAGAGAGGAUUUCAUUUAAAUCUGGUGUUUGUUGGAUAGGAAGAAGAGUAGUUUCAGGAUAAGUUAUUCAUAAAUUCGAGAUUUUGAUUCUGGUCAGGGUUAAGGUUUUGGGAAGGGAAUGAGGAUGGGAGGGGAUUCAGUGAAGGUUUCGUCUAGGGUUUCUGUGAGUCCAGAUUGGAAAGGUUCGAAAAUGGAAGGAGUUGCAGAACCUCUUAGGGUUUCGUAUAUGAAUGAUGAGGAUUGGGGUGAGAGGGAUAUGGAAAUGAGCUCUAGGUAUCAAAUGCAACAACAGAAGAAGCUUGUUGUAGGGUAUGCACUCACCUCCAAGAAGGUCAAGAGUUUUUUGCAGCCGAAGCUUGAACGACUUGCCAGGAAAAAGGGGAUAUUGUUUGUGGCCAUUGAUCGAAACAAGUCUCUCACGGAACAAGGGCCUUUUGACAUUGUUUUGCAUAAGCUGACAGGUAGGGAGUGGCGCCAAAUUCUCGAGGAUUAUCGACAAAAAUAUCCUGAAGUUACUGUGCUUGAUCCCCCUGAUGCCAUACAACAUGUACAUAAUCGUCAAUCUAUGCUUCAAGAUGUGGCUGACUUGAACUUAUGUGACUCUUAUGGUAAAGUUGGCGUUCCUAAGCAGCUUGUUAUCAUUACAGACCCGUCUUCCAUCCCUGAUGCUGUUAAGAGAUCUGGGUUACAGCUACCUCUGGUUGCGAAGCCCUUGGUUGUAGAUGGAAGUGCCAAGUCACAUGAGCUAUCUCUUGCUUACGAUCAACUAUCGCUCUCUCAACUGGAGCCCCCCCUUGUGCUUCAGGAGUUUGUUAACCAUGGUGGUGUCCUUUUUAAAGUCUAUAUAGUGGGAGACGCUGUUAAGGUGGUGAGGCGUUUCUCCCUUCCUGAUGUUGAUAGCCGUCAGCUCCUCAAUUGUGCUGGAGUCAUCCCUUUCCCUAGGGUUUCCAAUGCUGCAGCCUCUGCUGAUGAUGCUGAUCUUGACCCCUGCAUUGCAGAGCUUCCGCCACGACCCUUGCUCGAGAAGCUUGCAAAGGAGCUUCGCCGUAGACUGGGUUUGCGACUGUUCAAUAUCGAUAUGAUUCGAGAGCAUGGUUCCAAAGACAGAUUUUAUGUGAUUGACAUCAACUACUUCCCUGGGUUAGGGAAAAUGCCAGGAUAUGAGCACAUAUUCACGGACUUCCUCCUCACCCUCACUCAGAGAAAGCAUAACUCCUUGGAAUGUGAAUAACUGCACUACACUGAAGAAGCAUCUUACAUUCUGACUUGCACAGUUACGCUCUUCCAGAGAGAGAGAUCCCCAAAGAGGAAGUCGUAUGUACAGUGUUUUGUUGGAGCUGGCAAAUGGAGUCUAGUCUUGGGUGUGGCUUUGACGGUGUACUUAUGAUUAUUUUGUAUGUAACCCCACUCAAGGCGUUCAUUUCGAUUUUCAUGCGGUGUCUAUGUACAUACAGUGAUUGAAAACAACUGCUUUGUUAAUUGAUGCUUGAUUGGCAACUGGUUUCUCCAGUUCUGGCCCUUUUUUUUUUAA